UGUCGCAUUAUUAUUAUUCCGUCCGUGGUCGCAUUAUUAUUAUUCCGUCCGUGGGCACAUUGAGUAGCGCGUGCUGUCUAGAUAAAGUUGAUGUACUAAAGGCAUUAAAGUAUUAAUAAUGCAACUUACACACGAUUUAGAACUGUUUCCUGUAUACACAGUGACUCAACUGCUCUUCAAAGAUGUGAAAAAUGCGACGGAGUUGAGGAAAAUGGCAGUGAAUGGAGAUAUAAAUGGCGCUUUGAUCAAUCCAUCAAUGGUUGUGGAUGCGUUCCAGAUCCUGGUGGCAGCAAAUAAAGCAGUCCACCUACAUAAAAUUGGGAAAAUGAAAACCCGGAGCCUUUAUUCAGAAAUCAUUUUUAAUCUUUCACCCACAAACAACAUAUCUGAAGCAUUCAAAAGGUUCGGGAUCUCAGACAGUGACAGUGCGGUUCAUAUUGUGUUAGUACACAAUAAAGAAGAGACCCUGAACAUCGAUGACAUCAUCUCAAAGGUGGACGGACAACAGAUUGCUGUUGAUCAAGUGUCUGAUUUGACUGAUGCCGCAAAAGUUAAAAAGCUCUACAAAGUCGCACCGCAGGAGGAAAAGUGUGGCAGCCUUUUGGAUGCUGUUGUUUGCAGGAUGGCCACUAAAGAUGUUGCAUAGAUAGGUGUUAAUCUGUCAACAAAAGCCUAUAUAUAUAUGUGUGUGUGUGUGUGUGUUUUAAUAAAUAAUUUUGAAGUUA